CUUUUUGUUCUUAAAAGUAUGCAUGCAAAGAAAGAAACAAAGAACAAAAUGGUUUCCAUAAGGUUUCGUAUCUUUGUCUUUGCAAUCAUAUUCAUGUUACUUAACAUUGCUGCAUAUUCUCUUCAAGAUGCUGAGAUGGUGAUGGUGGUUGGAGAUAAAUCUGCAGAAGAAGACAGGCCCUUGUUGUCCAGACAAGAAAAGGGUACCCUGUAUGCAGUUUCUGCAAGUGCUGGAACAUUGGUAAAUGGAAAGAUAAAUGGUAGGAGAAUGCUGGUGAAGAAGGCGGAGGAACAACAUAUAAAUGGUGACGAGAUGGUUUCAAAGAAAGCUUCGUCUUCUUCAAGUGGAAACCCUAGAAAAGGUGGUCAUAAAAUGACCAAGAGAAGCAAGAAGAUAGAUCAUAAAGAUCAUGAUGAUGAUCAUCAUGUCAAAAUGAGCUCGACUUACAUGGCUCUUAAUUCUGAUUACCAUGUCCCAAGGUCUCAUCCACCCAAAAAUAACUGA